ACAGUUAUUCUUACUGGGACUAAAACACUGAGAAAUUGGUACCUCUCUAGAUCAAUACUCCACACGUGUUAUGGAUGGACAUGUCUAUGGAUGGAGUAGCAGAAAGCACCUAAUGGACACGAGGGAUCGCUCGGGACAGAAACGUGGCGUACCUGCAGGGUUCCCUCUUUGGCAGGACAGAAUGUUGGUAUAAGGAGUUGCAGAAAUCCCAGUGCCAGUUGAAGUUUGGCAGUUGGUUCCUUCCAGCUGUUCUUAAAGUGUCCUUGUUCUAAGAUUGUUUCCAUUAUCUGUAAGAUGGUCUCUUCAUCUUCCUGAUAUAUGGGGUGUACCACACAGAGGGCUGCCGCACCUGGAUUACACGCGCUUUCCUUUUCCAGUAGCCUUCAGCCAGGCCUCGUCCGGGGCAUGAAAGUCGGCGGCGGGCUCCUGAGCGGCGGCGGCGGCGGCGGCGGCGGCGGCAGCGGGCCCGGCGGGCGGGCGGAGAUGGAGCCCUCGUUCCCCCCGGGCAUGGUCCUGUUCAACCACCGGUUGCCCCCGGUCACCAGCUUCACCCGGCCGGCGGCGGCCGCCCCCCCGGCGCCGUGCGUGCUGCCCCCCGCGGCCCCGGCCGCCGAGCCCCCCCCGCCGGCCCCGGACAUGACUUUCAAGAAGGAGCCGGCGGCGUCGGCGGCCUUCCCGACGCAGAGGACCUCCUGGGGCUUCCUGCAGUCGCUGGUGAGCAUCAAGCAGGAGAAACCCGCCGAGCCCGACGAGCCGCAGCCGCAGCCCCACCACCACCACCACUACGGGGGGCUCUUCGCCGCCGGGGCCGAGGAGCGACCCCCGGGGCUGGGCGGCGGCGACGGGGGCGGCCACGGCGUCAUCCAGGACCUCAGUAUCCUCCACCAGCACGCCCAGCAGCAGCAGCCACAGCCCCCGCAGCAGCAGCAGCAGCCGCCGCAGCAGCCCGCCCAGCACCCCCGUGACGUGCUGCUGGGCGGCGGCGGCAGGACUGAUGACCACCCCGGCCCCGAGGAGCCAAAGCAGGACACUCACGUCAAAAAGGCGAAGAGGCCAAAGCCGGAAUCUCAGGGAAUCAAAGCCAAGAGGAAGCCCAGCGCAUCUUCCAAACCUUCUCUGGUCGGAGACGGAGACGGGGCCAUCCUCUCCCCAAGUCAGAAACCUCACAUCUGCGACCACUGCAGCGCCGCUUUCCGAAGCUCCUACCACCUGCGGAGGCACGUCCUCAUCCACACCGGGGAAAGGCCCUUCCAGUGCAGCCAGUGCAGCAUGGGCUUCAUCCAGAAGUACCUGCUGCAGAGACACGAGAAGAUCCACAGCCGGGAGAAGCCCUUCGGGUGCGAUCAGUGCAGCAUGAAGUUCAUCCAGAAGUACCACAUGGAGAGACACAAGAGGACGCACAGUGGAGAAAAGCCAUAUAAAUGUGACACUUGCCAACAGUAUUUUUCAAGGACGGACAGACUCUUGAAACACAGGCGCACGUGUGGUGAAGCCAUAGCGAAAGGAGCCGCUAGUGCAGAACCUGGGUCAGCAAACCAUAACAACAUGGGUAACCUGGCUGCGUUGUCUCAGGGAAAUACAAGUUCCUCAAGGAGGAAAACGAAGUCGAAGAGCAUAGCGAUGGAGAAUAAGGAACACAAGGCGGGGAAAACAAAUGAAUCACAAAUUUCCAAUAACAUCAACCUGCAGAGUUACUCUGUAGAGAUGCCCACCGCCUCUUCCAGCGGGGGCAUAAUUGGCACUGGGAUAGAUGAACUACAGAAAAGGGUGCCAAAACUGAUCUUUAAGAAAGGAAGCAGAAAGAAUACAGACAAAAACUACCUGAAUUUUGUGUCGCCGUUGCCAGACAUCGUUGGACAGAAGUCCUUGUCUGGGAAACCAGGUGGUUCCCUUGGCAUAGUGUCGAAUAAUAGUGUGGAGACCAUUAGUCUUCUGCAGAGUGCAAGUGGAAAACAAGGUCAAAUAGGUAGUAAUUAUGAUGACGCCAUGCAGUUUUCAAAGAAAAGAAGAUACUUACCAACUGCCAGCAGCAACAGUGCCUUUUCUAUAAACGUGGGACACAUGGUCUCCCAGCCGUCCGUCAUUCAGUCUGCAGGUGUCAGUGUUUUGGACAAUGAGGCCCCAUUGUCACUUAUUGACUCCUCAGCUCUAAGUGCUGACAUUAAGUCUUGUCACGACAAGUCUGGGAUUCCCGAUGAGGUUUUACAGAGUAUUUUGGAUCAGUACUCCAACAAAUCAGAAAGCCAGAAAGAGGAUCCUUUCAGUAUAACGGAACCUCGAGUGGAUUUACACACCUCAGGAGAACACUCAGAACUGGUUCAGGAGGAAAAUUUGAGCCCAGGCACCCAAACGCCUUCGAGUGAGAAGGCGAGUAUGUUGCAAGAAUACUCCAAAUACCUCCAGCAGGCUUUUGAAAAAUCCACUAAUGCAGGUUUUACUCUUGGACACGGUUUCCAGUUUGUCAGUUUGUCUUCACCUCUCCACAACCACACUUUAUUUCCAGAAAAACAGAUAUACACUACAUCUCCUUUGGAGUGUGGUUUCGGCCAAUCCGUUACCUCAGUGUUGCCGUCUUCCUUGCCAAAGCCUCCUUUUGGGAUGUUGUUUGGAUCUCAGCCAGGUCUUUAUUUAUCUGCUCUGGAUGCCACACAUCAGCAGUUGACACCUUCCCAGGAGCUGGAUGAUCUAAUAGAGUCUCAGAAGAAUUUAGAGACUUCGUCAGCCUUCCAGUCCUCAUCUCAGAAAUUGACUAGCCAGAAGGAACAACAGAAAAACCUAGAGUCCUCCACAAGCUUUCAGAUGCCAUCUCAGGAGUUAGCUAGCCAGAUAGAUCCUCAGAAAGACAUAGAGCCUAGAACAACGUACCAGAUUGAGAACUUUGCACAGGCGUUUGGUUCUCAGUUUAAGUCGGGCAGCAGGGUGCCAAUGACCUUUAUCACUAACUCGAAUGGAGAAGUGGACCAUAGAGUAAGGACUUCAGUCUCAGAUUUCUCAGGGUAUACAAACAUGAUGUCUGAUGUGAGUGAGCCAUGUAGUACAAGAGUAAAGACACCCACCAGCCAGAGUUACAGGUAAGGUCCCCAGAGUGACCAGGCUGGAGGUCUUCUAACGUAAUUUUGUUUUAUUUUGAGAACACUGCCAUUGGAAUGUUUCUACACGAUCCUAUUAAGAAUAAUGUAAUGCCCUUUCAAUGCAACUUUUCAUAUUUAGUUUAUUUUGUUAGCGUGAUUUUAGCUCUGUUUGUAUUAUGAUUUUUAAUCAAAAUCAAUAGAUUAAAAAUAGUUUGACAUUCAAAGUGACAAUGUUUAGCAAUCAAAUUUACAUGUAUAGAUCGUCAGGGACUAGCCCAAAAGUUAAAUGCAAAAAAAAAAACAAAACAAAAAAACCCUACAAAAAAACAAAACAAGAAAAACACAAAAAAAACUUUGUUGCUAGGAUUAAGGUUAUUCUAAUUGCUUUACUCUCAGGAAAGUGUAAUAACGCAUGGGAAUUCUGUACGUUAUCACUGUAAUGGAAUAUCCAAUUUACAGAUAGUAUGGUAUACAUUUCAUCAUUUAAGUAAGGGAUCGAAAACAUUUCAAAUUGCUGUCUCCAUCUGGGCUGAUCCAAAAUUCUGAGAUGUUGGCUACCUAUAUUUUGUUGCAGCUUUUAAAUGUACUCUGAACUUCCAAACCACAUUCAUUCCAGCCUGGUAGAACAAAUAUUCUUGGAUCUUUGAUCAAAGCCUGGAAUGAUAGCUUUAAUAGAAGAAGAAGAAAAAGCACCCUCUCCUUAUCCCAACUGUAACAAGGCUCUACUUCCAUUAAGAUCUACUGACAUCCAGCACAGUGUUGAAGCCCACGUGGUUGGUUGGUUCCAGUGUUAGAACCCGAGUUGGAAUUACAUGAUUCUUCGAAAUUUGGGGUAUGCGGUAUUUAUUAUACAUGGCCUAAAACAUCCUGCUCUUGUCUGUGCUAUUACUUAUCACCCACACUUCUGUUUUUUUUUUUUUUUUUUUAUUCUUACUCUUAACCUGUCCUUUCUUAGAGUUCUGGGCCUGCCUUGUUUCCUCUUCUCCCCAUCUUGACAGUUUCAAUCUUAGAAUGAUUUACAUUCCAAUAGAUAAUUCAUUAUGCAUUUUAUAUGCCUUACGGCCUCCAAAUACUAAACAAUAGGGUAAACAUCCCCUCUACCUUUUCUAAAAACAAAACCUGUGCAGAUUUCCAUGUAUAAUAAAACCCCACAUACUCAGAGCUGUAGAUAUCAUAUCAGUAAGGUGGUAAUUUCAACUGGUGACAUAGCUAGUGUGAGGGAUCGUGGUAGUGACGUCAGAACCUCUUUGUGAAAUGGCAGCCUUUAAUGUACAUUUUAGAAGGGUGCAUUAGUCAGUAUUGUACAGGGGUCUUGUAAAGUCAUCAAAACUUGCUAUGAACGCUAAUUGCCAUUUGAAGCUACUGGUAGACAGUGGCUCUGCUCUAAACCACUUUUUAGCAAUUGUAUUUUUUUCCUGAUUAUAUUUUUUAAUGUACUUUGAUGUUUAUGCUGAUGAGUUUUUUAUGUACUUUUGGUGAUGUUUCAGUCUUAUGUACUCUUCUGACGUCAGAAAAGUACCACUGGUUGUUUGCAGUCUUAUUGUGUAAUCAGCCUACACAGGCUUCCAUGUAUAAUAAAGUAAUUAAUAUUGUGCAAGUGUAAAACACUUCUUUUAUGAAAGCAGUGUUUGGAAAAUAAGAAAUUAUUAAAAAUGGUUACAAAAUACUAGUUAAUUUCCUCUCCCCGCUUUCCCCCCUUAAGUCUGCUUUACCAGCUAAAGGGUCACCUAUUUGUCAUUGCAGGAUUCUUAGAAAAUGUGUUUAAUUCUCCUAAAUACGCUCAGUACUAAAAAGUCUGUAUUUCUUACCUCGGUAAGUGCGGUAAGUUCUAUCGGGUACAGAGUACAAGCUGUAAUGGAAGGAUGGAGAGGACCUUUACCACUGUAUCUCUUCAGCUGUAUGACUUUUCUCCAGUGUUUUGUUUUCUACAGGUUUUGAAUUUUCUUUAACUUUUAUUGUGUGUACUGAAUACUGCAUAUGUAUUAUUCUGAUUGUUUGCUCUAGUUUACUACCAAUAAAAGACCUGUUAAUCACAAAAUUGAAGAAAGGAGAUAUCACUUAAUAUGAAGUCACAUUUUUCAGAUUUUUCUAUUAACUACAGUUCAUAAAAUAUUCACAUCAGUGGUAUAACCUGCAGUUUAGGGACUUGUAUUUUUAUUGUAUUUUUUUUAACUUAAGUAUUUCAUGUUUCUAGGUUUAUUUUAUUUGAAAAUUGGUUCAAUAUUUGUGUUUGUGGCGCACUAUAUGGAAGAAGAGAAAUUUAAUGUGUAAAUUAAGAACAUGUUUUGUUGAAAUUGGGUUAGCCAUCCUAAAUAUUAUUCCAGAGAGAGUAUUUAUUGAGGCUUCAUUUUAAAUCAGUUUCCAAUGUCUUUUGGUUCUAGGUGCAUCCUUUUUGCCUCAAAAAAGGUUGUAAUAAAAUAACAGUAUGCCACAAAUAAAAAUGGUCUUGAGCAUUUUUAGUAGGAAAGAAGUAUCGUGAAACCGUAGUUAAUGUUAAAAGAAGGUUAGAAGCGUAGAUAUUAGAAGGAAAGAGCUAAGAACGUGUAAAUGUUGAAGAUGCGGAACACAUGUUUCAACAUUAGUAUGUAUGUUCAGUUUUAAAGAUGCGGGAGAAGAGAUUGUAGAUGUCUGUAAAAUCAUGAGAAAACUGCUUUGAAAUUGAGUGGUUACAAAUGUUGAGGAAUUAGGAGUAAAAAUAUUAAAGGGAAGAAUAGGCCCCUUUGCCUUUUUCAUACAUGAUACUGUUGUAGGGAAAUGAUAAAUUAUUUUAAGCUAAACAUGGCUUUCUAUGUGGAGAAAUACCUACUUGUGGGCCCGUAAGAUUAGGAAAAAGUAAAUUAGCUUUCUCUUUGCCAAGGUUAUUCUCUAGAUUUGGUCAUUUUCUUGAACAAGUGUGCUCAGCAGAAUCUCACCCAUUCUGCGUUGAUGCCCACCUGGAGCUCUGCACAGAUGCAUUCUCUGCUCUACAUUAACCCUGUCAUUUUAACUUUUUCCCACCCACUCCUUUUUUUUUUCCUUCUGUGGAAUGUUUGUAUCUAAAUAUCAUUUUAAAGUUAAGGUUUCUACUUUGAAGGUGUUAGAGGAGAAAGUAGGAAACUGGGCUUUGCAUUUCUGUUGUGCUGCUGUCAAUUCAGGGUAAGGGCCACCAUAGUUUAGCAGUUGCUGGUCAGUAAUUUGUGAAGAAAUUCAAUAAUGAGAAGAGAAAAAUGUGAAAAAAAAUCUGUGCUUAAAAUCUUUUAAUGUUUUUUGGAAAUUGCAAACGUUAAUACAAAUAUUUCUACCUCAAAUUUAGGUUUUUUGCAUUACACUAAUCAGAUGAGAGAGACAGGAAUUUUUGUUCAUUCCUGGUAUCUGACAUUUUGUAGUUAUUUGCCAUGAGUAGCAUUUAAGCCUGAACUGGGUGACAGUUUGAGCAAUAUGGCCUUGUGAGGACACACGUCAUCCUUAGCUUCCAAAUUCAUAGGUUCUUAUUAAACUGAAGAACUUCCCUAAAAAAAAAUUAGCUUCUGAACUUCAAAGUUAUAUUUUUAGAGUAGACUACAUCUGAAGACUAUCAUUUUCUGAGUUUUAUGGUCUUCGUGUCUUCUACGAUACUGAAUGACAGGCUCUCAUUUUUAAAAUGUCAUGGAAGAUUCCUUUGUUAGUGCUCUGAUAGGAUCCAGGCGUCACGCUGCCUGAGGCCAUGUCAGCUGUGGUCCAUGCGUAUUUCUGUUACAGGGUCCCUCCUGCUGGUCAAGAGGAGAGAGCUGUGGUGGUGUGCUGGGCUGCUUGUACCCUCUGAGAUGAUGGAGAGUUCCUGAUAGAUGUUGAGGAAAAAAUGUUCUCUUACUUCCAGUUGUUACAUUUUUUAUGUCCUUAUAAUUUAUCGCUUGAAAUGAACAUGAGCAUGAAGACCACAUCUGGGAAUUUUGUUGUCUUAACUCUGGAUCAAAAAAAUCCUCUGUGAGAUUAUAGUUAGUUUUAAAAGAGAUUGUUCCCAUAAAGAGGGCAUAUGCUUUUAAAAUUACUUUUGCUUUCUUUGUACCUAUUUUGCUUUUUAAAAAAGUAUUUACUGUAUGUGACUAACUUAAGUAGAUUUUACUUAAAUUCUUGAUGAACCUUUGGCUCACUCUAGGGAAGAAGUGCACAACAUUUUUAGGGUCCGAGACUCUGUGGGCAGCUGAUGAUAGAAUUGGUGCCUCCCUACUCCCAUACAUUAGCAGAAAUAGGUUUGCAUGCGAAAAUUUACAAGCCAAUCUAGAUGCUCACAGGAACCCUCCCUAAAAAGUUCUUAACCUUUGCACCCCAAGUUAAGAAUCCCAGCCUUAGAAGACUGCCUAAAUAUUGAAAUUUUGUUAUACAAAUAAAUUAGUCAAUACCUAAACUAGAAAAGCUUCAACUGGUAGGGUCCUUUACAGUUUCUUUAUCUGCAAUUCAAUCAAUUACUUAGCAUUUAUGGAAUACAUUUAGGUUACGUAAACCCAUAGAGUUUUAUGAUAAGCUGGUCAGAUAGUGAGCUGAAUAGAAUUUAGAGUUGUUUGCACAGUUUCUUAUUUGACAACAAGGCCCGUAGAGAUGCUAGACUUGACAAUAGUUCAGUAUUUUCCGUGAACAAAGAAGUGUGUGAAGAGUGUGUAGUGACUACAGUCAACCACUGCGGUUGUUUACACAGAACUUGCUUACGUAUCUUGGCAAAAAUGAAAGCCCGCACCGUUUUACCUGAAAGGAAUAGUGUUGAGUUCUGAAGAACAUGAAGACUACUUCAUGCAGCCUGCGUGUGACUAGCUAGGUUGAAACGUUCUGUGCAAGAUAAGCCUUGUAAAGCAUGUUAUAUGUUGAAGUAGGUUGUCUCUCGGGAAAUGGAGAUCAAUAGCUGGAGGAGAUUGUUUGUAAAGAUCUGGACGUUAUGCUCCAAAGGGGAAAGUGUGUUCCCUGUGUUUGUGGGGAAUCAAAGAAGAAUGGGCAGAGGUUGUCGUGAAGGGAGGUAAGGGAUAUCUUAGAAUGGAGAAGAAAAGGAAUAGGUUUUGAAGGAAAAUAGGAAAUACGAAUUUACUCGGAUAUUGACGGGAGUCCCUGGAAAAUUUAAGUAACUAGAAGAGAUCUGUGAUUGGAAAACUCUGUUCUUAUUUUGUCAUUCUUUUAGUUCAGACUUCUUUUGGUACUUUGGUUUGAUGUGAACUUUAGUACUAUUGUGGAACAAUUAAUAAAUAACUCUUAACAGACAA